AUGUUCUCCUUUGACUCUCUUCUCAAGCUUCAAGUUCUAAUCUUCUUCAUUGCUAUUUCUAUCACGCAACUUACUUCUAUAGAAGCUGUUACAGUUCAAUGUAUAAAAGGAUUCGGUGUCAAAGAUCCAAAAGAGAUUUCAGGUUGUAACGAUAAAGAUUUCAAUCCAUAUGUUUGUAUGACUAGACAGUGCGGAAGAGAUGGUCUUCAUUACACAGUUAUGAAAGGUUGUGUAUUCGAGGGUCUUGCUGGUACGAGUGAACAACAAUGUGUUAGUUAUAAUCCCACUGGAGACAAAUACGAGUGUUACAAUUCAGGUCAUAAAAAAUAUCUUUGCCCUUAUAUCGCUUCUAAUGUACCAUAUAUCACUUGUACAAACUGUAGAGCAGCACCACCACCGCGACCAGCACAACCGAUUGGAUAA